AUGAUGCCAUUCAUAAGGGAAGAACCAUGGCAGCGACUUCCGAAAAGGCCUUCCGAGAAAGCUCUCUCAAUUGUCAUCGCAGAGUAUCCUGAGCCAGCUCAGUAUCCAUUUAUUGACAAGACCCUUGAGACUCGUGUCGCUUUUGCCAUGGACGUCAUCUCGCGCAGAGAAAGGUUGCUCUCGUGUGACACUCCACUUCAUCAGACGCCACCUCUAUCUGCAAUAUUUACAUUCCACUCUGGAGGGCAUUAUUUACGACAUCGCAAAGGAGCGUUACCAAAACUUGAAUCCAAAAAAGGGAAGCUCGAUGGUCAGAUCGCUAAAAUUAACGAGUUACAAGCAAAGGCCGAUUAUGAAACUAAAGCUCCACUUGGCGUCCGGGCAAACAAUCAAGAAAAGAAAGAAACUCUCGAAAAAGAGCUCCAUUCACUCGAGGCCGCACUUUGGCUU